ACCCUCGCCGUCACAACCAGCCAGCAUGUUGUCUACGAGGGAGAAGGAGCAGGUGGGCGCCUCUACAGUCCACUCCCUAGACACCAUCUCUUUCACCACUCAAGAAGAAGCGCGCCUAGUACGCAAAAUCGACCUCCUCCUCCUGCCCUCGCUUUCAACGCUUUACCUACUCUCCUUCCUCGACCGAAGCAACAUCGCCAACGCCCGCGUCGACGGAAUGAACGUCGACCUCCAUCUCAGCGCUGGGCAGUACAGCGCAGCUUUAACGCUCUUCUUUGUCGGGUAUGUACUCGCCGAGCUGCCCGCCAACUGGGGGCUGAGGGCAACAAGCCCACCAAUUUGGAUGCCCGGCCUUGCGCUGGUCUUUGGGAUCUUGUCCCUCGUUCAGGGCUUAGUGGGAAAUGCGCAGGGAUUGCUAGCGGUACGCUUCUUUCUCGGUGUGGCAGAGUCGGGCUUAUUUCCAGGUACCGUGUUCAUCUUCUCUCAAUGGUACAAGAGAAAGGAGCGCGUGGUGAGGGUGAGCGCCUUCUUCGGGGGUGCGGCGGCUGCAGGCGCUUUCGGUGGGGUGUUGGCGUAUGGCAUUGGAUACAUGGAUGGAAUAGGAGGCAAGAAGGGUUGGCAGUGGAUCUUCAUUCUUGAAGGCCUCCUCACGAUUGCCAUUUCCUUCCUCUGCUUCUUCACCAUUCCAACUUGGCCCACCAAGACCAGCUGGCUCACGCAACGGGAACGUGCAAUCCUUCACGACCGCUUGUCACGCGACAGCGACGCUCUGGAGCAGGAAGGACGCUUCAAUUGGUCCGGGGUGCGUCAAGCCUUGACAGACCCCAAGGUCUACCUUUACUGCACCCUAUUCCACGGCAUGUCCUUCCCACUGUACACUAUCUCGCUCUUCCUGCCGAGCAUCAUCCAGGGCCUAGGAUAUCGGGCAUGGCAAGCCCAGCUCCUGACCACGCCACCUUACGUGUUCGCCUUCGUCAUUACAAUGGCGACGGCCUUCACUACGCAAAAGGUCAAGCUUCGCGCGCCAUUCAUCAUCGGUGGAUUCAUCCUCGCCGGACUGGGCUACAUCGUUCUCCUCGCCUCGCCCACAAUUGGAGGCAAGUACGCGGCCACCUUCCUCAUCGUAUCCGGUGUGUAUGCGGGCGAUGCACUCCUGCUCGCCUGGCCAUCAGAGAAUGUUGCUGGCGCCACGAAAAGGAAUACGGCGCUAGCUAUGCAGAUCUCGAUCGGGAACAUUGGAGCAAUUGCUGGUACGCAGCUUUAUCGUCAACCAUUGGGUGGAGUGCGCAAUCAGCAGUACAACGUCUCGAUUGGGCUGACGUUCAUCUGGCUUGCGAUAGGCAUCGCAAGUGCGACGACGUUGUGGGUCUUGAUGGCGAGGGAGAAUCGAAGGCGCGAGGUAAUCCGAGCGAGGUCUCCAAGUGAGGUCCAAGCUGCGGGAGAGGAUAGACCGGUGAGCAGUGGUAGUGAAAGAAGCGCAGCAAGUAGCGGUGCGCUGGAGAAGGGCAAGGUAAUCUGGCUCCCAGACGCACAGAGGACUCGCGAAGAGGUAGCUCGAGAAUGGGCAGAGUUGGGUGAUGCUCGAG